CGCCCGGCAACAGCUGUGUGAGGGUCGCCAGGGUUGAGGCAAGGCGACUUCUGCUAGCUGGUGUUCAGCUCUGCGAUACGUGUGAUACCGACGUGCAAAGAACACUGCACGGAUCUGUCUGUCACCAUUUGAUACAUACUGCUUAGAGGAGAAGAAGGUGGCAGAGUUUAGUGGCUGACAAGCAGAAGAACAGGGGAAAAAACGAGGAUAACUGAGACGUAUUGCAACCUGGGGCGGAGUUGUUGGCUUAUCAAAGGGUGAUAACUAAAGAAAACACGCACCGAAAAUAAGACAAUAUAUUUUUUUUAAUCAACAAGCAGAGGAACCAGAAUACAAGACAACCAGCAGCUCGAAAGCAAGUUCGACAAGGUUGACAGAGUUACAGGUGGAGUGCCGCGCUUACCCUCGCCUCGACUCUACUAUCAGCACUCAGUACAAGAAGCUCAACCUCGUCACCUUUUAUAAUGGGGAAUAUGUUGACGGUGGAUCCCAAUGAUGUCGUGGUACCAAAAUUAGUCGAUCUAUUACACCGGGAUCCUUAUUUAAACCCUUACGAGAGGGAGAUAAGGAGGAGAUAUGGAUGCUUUGAAGGAUUAUUGAAGCAGAUCAAUGCAGAAGAAGAUGGACUUGAAAAAUUUUCUCGAGGCUAUGAAAAAUUUGGUCUUCAUGUCAACCCAGACAACAGCAUUACAUGCCAUGAAUGGGCUCCUCUGGCUCAGGGGCUCUUCUUGAAGGGAGACUUUAAUGACUGGAAUAAACUUUCCCACCCCUUCAAGAAGUUGGAUUAUGGAAAAUGGGAGAUACAUAUUCCAGCAGCUCCUGAUGGCUCCUGUCCUAUCAAGCACAUGUCUCGAGUAAAGAUUGGUGUGUUGACAUCCAAAGAUGAGGUUGGUGUUUUGACCCCCAAGGACACCAUGGAGGACAGAUUAUGUCCCUGGGCCACAUAUGUGGUUCAGCCUCCAAAACAUGAAGGGACAGCAUAUCAACAUCAUUUCUGGAAUCCUCCAGCAAAUGAAAGAUAUACCUUUAAGCACCCUCGUCCUUGUAAGCCAACAAGCCUAAAGGUAUACGAGUGCCAUGUUGGUAUAGCAACUGAGGAGCACAGAGUUGGUACUUACAAAGAAUUUACUGCUAAUGUUCUUCCAAGAAUACUCAAAUUAGGUUAUAAUGCAAUUCAGAUAAUGGCCAUCAUGGAGCAUGCAUAUUAUGCUAGUUUUGGAUAUCAAGUCACAAGUUUCUUUGCUGCAUCAAGUCGGUAUGGUACACCUGAGGAACUAAAGGAACUGGUUGAUACUGCCCAUUCAAUGGGCCUGUUUGUCCUUCUAGAUGUUGUUCACUCUCAUGCUUCCAAGAAUGUGAUGGAUGGUCUCAAUGAAUUUGAUGGUUCAGAUUCUUGCUAUUUCCAUGGAGGAUCCAGAGGAAUUCAUCCACUUUGGGAUUCCAGGCUCUUCAAUUACUCCAGCCGAGAGGUGUUGCGGUUCCUGUUGUCAAAUUUACGGUGGUACCUGGAAGAAUACAAAUUUGAUGGCUUCAGGUUUGAUGGCGUCUCUUCCAUGUUGUACCACUCCCAUGGUGUUGGGGAAGGAUUCAGUGGCAGUUAUAAUGAGUACUUUGGCCUCAAUGUUGACACAGAGUCGUUAGUAUAUCUAAUGAUGGCUAAUCACAUGCUUCAUGAGUUACAUCCAGAGACCAUCACCAUUGCUGAGGAUGUUUCUGGAAUGCCUGCAUUGUGCCGUCCUGUGGAGGAAGGUGGUGGAGGAUUUGACUACCGGCUUGGCAUGGCAAUUCCUGACAUGUGGAUCAAACUCCUGAAGGAAAAGUCUGAUGAUGACUGGAACAUCGGGAACAUCUGUCACAUCUUGGAGAACAGACGCUACCAGGAGAAGACCAUUGCAUAUGCUGAAUCCCAUGAUCAGGCACUAGUUGGAGAUAAAACUCUUGCUUUCUGGCUCAUGGACAAGGAGAUGUACACCAGUAUGUCAAAGGUAUCUGGGCCUUCAUUCAUUAUUGAUCGUGGUAUUGCCUUGCACAAGAUGUUACGACUCAUCACCCAUGGACUGGGUGGGGAAGGCUACCUGAACUUUAUGGGUAAUGAAUUUGGACACCCUGAAUGGCUUGAUUUCCCUCGGGUGGGUAAUCAAGAGAGCUACCACUAUGCUCGCAGGCAGUGGAGUGUGGUGGACAAUGACCUUCUCAAGUAUAGCUACUUGAAUAAGUUUGAUGCUGCAAUGAAUAAAACAGAGAGUAUUUAUGGCUGGCUUAAUGCUGAUCCUGGAUAUACAAGUACCAAGGAUGAGGGAGAUAAAACAGUUGUCUUUGAACGAGCAGGUUGUGUCUUCAUAUUUAAUUUCCAUCCCAACAAGAGUUACUCUGAUUAUAAGGUUGGUGUGGGUGCCAGUGGGAAGUACAAAAUCGUUUUGGACACUGAUGCUGAGGAGUUUGGAGGCCAUAAACUAAUUGACCAUAAUACUGAGUUCCACACAAAGAAUGAAAGUUUCAAGAAUCGUCCUUGCAGUCUGAUGGUCUACAUUCCAAGUCGGGUUGCAAUUGUCUUGGCAAAAUGUGACUGAUGUUUCCAUAGCAGUAAAGCGCAUAGCCUGAAUUGUAUUGGCUCAUCGUGCCAAAUGUGGUUGACUAUCAUCACCAUAUGUACACCAAAAUUAUGUAAAGUGCAUGUCAGUAGUAAUGUACAUAAAAGACUUAUGUA